AUGCUGCUCAAUCUUCAGGUCGCUGCUAGCGCUUUGUCGCUUUCUCUUUUAGGUGGAUUGGCUGAGGCUGCUACGCCAUAUACCCUUCCGGACUGUACCAAAGGACCUUUGAGCAAGAAUGGAAUUUGCGAUACUUCGUUAUCUCCAGCUAAAAGAGCGGCUGCUCUAGUUGCUGCUCUGACGCCUGAAGAGAAGGUGGGCAAUCUGGUCAGCAAUGCAACUGGUGCACCACGAAUCGGACUUCCAAGGUACAACUGGUGGAACGAAGCCCUUCAUGGUCUCGCUGGAUCUCCAGGUGGUCGCUUUGCCGACACUCCUCCCUACGACGCGGCCACAUCAUUUCCCAUGCCUCUUCUCAUGGCCGCUGCUUUCGACGAUGAUCUGAUUCACGAUAUCGGCAACGUCGUCGGCACCGAAGCGCGUGCGUUCACUAACGGCGGUUGGCGCGGAGUCGACUUCUGGACACCCAACGUCAACCCUUUUAAAGAUCCUCGCUGGGGUCGUGGCUCCGAAACUCCAGGUGAAGAUGCCCUUCAUGUCAGCCGGUAUGCUCGCUACAUCGUCAGGGGUCUCGAAGGCGAUAAGGAGCAACGACGUAUUGUUGCUACCUGCAAGCACUAUGCUGGAAACGACUUUGAGGACUGGGGAGGCUUCACGCGUCACGACUUUGAUGCCAAGAUUACUCCUCAGGACUUGGCUGAGUACUACGUCAGGCCCUUCCAGGAGUGCACCCGUGAUGCAAAGGUUGGUUCCAUCAUGUGCGCCUACAACGCCGUGAACGGCAUUCCCGCAUGCGCGAACUCGUAUCUGCAGGAGACGAUCCUCAGAGGGCACUGGAACUGGACGCGCGAUAACAACUGGAUCACUAGUGAUUGUGGCGCCAUGCAGGAUAUCUGGCAGAAUCACAAGUAUGUCAAGACCAACGCUGAAGGUGCCCAGGUAGCUUUUGAGAACGGCAUGGAUUCAAGCUGUGAGUAUACUACUACCAGCGAUGUCUCCGAUUCGUACAAGCAAGGCCUCUUGACUGAGAAGCUCAUGGAUCGUUCGUUGAAGCGCCUUUUCGAAGGGCUUGUUCAUACUGGUUUCUUUGACGGUGCCAAAGCGCAAUGGAACUCGCUCAGUUUUGCGGAUGUCAACACCAAGGAAGCUCAGGAUCUUGCACUCAGAUCUGCUGUGGAGGGUGCUGUUCUUCUUAAGAAUGACGGCACUUUGCCUCUGAAGCUCAAGAAGAGGGAUAGUGUUGCAAUGAUCGGAUUCUGGGCCAACGAUACUUCCAAGCUGCAGGGUGGUUACAGUGGACGUGCUCCGUUCCUCCACAGCCCGCUUUACGCAGCUGAGAAGCUUGGUCUUGACACAAACGUGGCUUGGGGCCCGACACUGCAGAACAGUUCGUCUCACGACAACUGGACUACCAAUGCUGUUGCUGCGGCGAAGAAGUCUGAUUACAUUCUCUACUUUGGUGGUCUUGAUGCUUCAGCUGCUGGCGAAGAUAGAGACCGUGAGAACCUUGACUGGCCUGAGAGCCAGCUGACCCUUCUUCAGAAACUCUCUAGUCUCGGCAAGCCACUGGUUGUUAUCCAGCUUGGCGAUCAGGUUGACGACACUGCUCUUUUGAAGAACAAGAAGAUUAACAGUAUUCUUUGGGUCAAUUACCCUGGUCAGGAUGGCGGCACUGCAGUCAUGGACCUGCUCACUGGACGAAAGAGUCCUGCUGGCCGACUACCCGUCACGCAAUAUCCCAGUAAAUACACUGAGCAGAUUGGCAUGACUGACAUGGACCUCAGACCUACCAAGUCGUUGCCAGGGAGAACUUAUCGCUGGUACUCAACUCCAGUUCUUCCCUACGGCUUUGGCCUCCACUACACCAAGUUCCAAGCCAAGUUCAAGUCCAACAAGUUGACCUUUGACAUCCAGAAGCUUCUCAAGGGCUGCAGUGCUCAAUACUCCGAUACUUGCGCGCUGCCCCCCAUCCAAGUUAGUGUCAAGAACACCGGCCGCAUUACCUCCGACUUUGUCUCUCUGGUCUUUAUCAAGAGUGAAGUUGGACCUAAGCCUUACCCUCUCAAGACCCUUGCGGCUUAUGGUCGCUUGCAUGAUGUCGCGCCUUCAUCGACGAAGGAUAUCUCACUGGAGUGGACGUUGGAUAACAUUGCGCGACGGGGAGAGAAUGGUGAUUUGGUUGUUUAUCCUGGGACUUACACUCUGUUGCUGGAUGAGCCUACGCAAGCGAAGGUCCAGGUUACGUUGACUGGAAAGAAGGCUACUCUGGACAAGUGGCCUCAAGACCCCAAGUCUGCUUAA